AUGGCGGUCGAUGCCGGCGCGGGAGAAGUUGGAAGCUGGGUCAAGGUGGAUAUCCAGCACUGCAAAGCAGUUCCGGCUCUGAUCUCUGCCAUCAAUGACGCUGGCGUGACGGUCAUCGCCCUGUGCUUGGAUGAGCCUUCAGAGCCCUUCAAGCGCAUUCCGGGGCUACCCUCCUCGGCCCUGAAGCCUUGGAGCGGCGAGGCUGCGGAAAAACUUCGCGAUGCCUUUCUGCAACGACUGAGAGCCCUUCCUUCCUGCUCGGCCCGGGAUCCGGCCAUUGCUGGAGCACAGGAAGCCUUGCUCCGCUGUGUCGCCCAAGCGACCAGCGGCGGGGAGUCGUCUUCGUCAGCUCGACAGCUCCAAGAGGCCUUGCGCGGCGCGGAGGGCGCGAUGGCCGCCUUGCGCAGCAAGCUGCGCCGCUGGGCCUCCGAGCCGCCCAAGCCCCGCUCGCUGCGGGAAGAACGGCAAGCGGUGCCUGUCGCCGGGGACCAGACUCCACCAAGGAGGAGGCCCGGCGCCUUUGCAGAAACCUGCCUCGUAGCAGCGCCGUCAACACCGCCGAAGGAGGUCAAGAAAAGGGGCCGCCUCGCAGCCGAGCGCGGGAUCCGCGGGGGGCCGGGGAGCGCCCUGUCCCUCUCAACGCCUCCGAAAGAGAAGAGGUUUCACAGCUCCCGAGCCGACUCUCGAGAGCUGCAGGCGGCGGUGAGCAAGCACCUGACACGUCACGGGCUACAAAUGCGAAAGGCUGAUCUGCUUCAAGACCUGGCAAAAAGCCUUCAGAUUGACGUGAUAGACAUCGAAGAGAGCUUGGCGAGCCUCGACUGCUUGAACAAGGUCAUGAUCUGUGACGGGAUGGUGUAUGGACUCUGA